AUGUGCACCCCGUCCAAAUCUCGCAGUCCAAACCCUAGAAUUCUUCCCCGCCGCCGCCGGACACUUAUUCCCACCGACGGACGUGUCCGCCGCCCUCACCGCCGCCACGUGUCAGCUCCUGAUUCGCCGAGCCGCCGCGCCCACUUCCCCGCGCCGUCGCGGGCCGGCCCGCCGGGGCCCAGGCGGGGCCCUCCCGGCCCGUCCGCCGCCGCCCGCGCCGCCUCCCCGGCCCGCGCGUCCGCCCGACGCUGCCCGCUCGGGGCGCGCCUCCGCCCGCCGUCCGGCGACCUCGCCGCCCCGGUCACCAGACCUCGCCGCUCCGCCGACCGCCCUCGAGUGCCUCCGCUCCGCUCCGUGCGCCUCCCGGCCGCUGCCGCCCCGUCGUCCGCCGGUGCCGCCCCAGAUCCGGCGCCCCGACCCGCCGCCGACCUUCCCCGUCCAGCUCCGGCCGCCGCGCCGCUCGUCUCCGGAGAGAUGCGCCUCGCCUCGGAAUCCGUGCCGGGUCAACUCUAG